AGCACAAAGCCUUGCCGCUAGCCGCCUGGCUUCCUUGCUCUGGUCGGUUCUUUGCGGCGCGUCCGGCACCAUGGAGGCGCCUCCCGUGACUAUGAUGCCGGUCUCUGGCGGCAGCAUCAACAUGAUGGAGUACCUGCUCCAAGGGAGCGUGUUGGACCAGUGCUUGGAGAGCCUGCUGCACCGGCUGCGGGGCCUCUGCGACAACAUGGAGCCGGAGACCUUCCUGGACCACGAGAUGGUGUUCCUGCUGAAGGGGCAGCAGGCCAGCCCCUUCGUGCUGCGGGCGCGGCGAUCCAUGGACAAGAGCGGCAUGCCCUGGCAUUUGCGGUACCUGGGCCAGCCAGAGAUUGGCGACAAGAGCCGCCACGCACUGGUGCGGAACUGCGUGGACAUCGCCACUUCGGACAACCUGACGGACUUCCUCGUGGAGAUGGGUUUCCGCAUGGACCACGAGUUUGUGGCCAAGGGGCACGUGUUCCGCAAGGGCAUUAUGAAGAUCAUGGUGUACAAAAUCUUCCGCAUCCUAAUGCCAGGAAACACAGACAGCAUCGAGCCACUCUCCCUCUCAUACCUGGUGGAGCUCAACGUGGUUGCGCCAGCAGGACAGGACAUUGUUUCUGAUGACAUGAGGAACUUUGCUGAGCAACUGAAGCCUCUAGUGCACCUGGAAAAAAUUGACCCCAAAAGGUUGAUGUGAUUGUAAAGUGUGGCAAUUAAGGCAUUGGCUUUGUUAGGUGUUCUGAGGAGGGUUGUUUUUCUAAAAAGCCUUUUGAGGGCAAAUCAAAAUGGGAAUAAGGGAAUAAAGGACUGCCUGUUAGUUUCA